AUGUCUGAUAUUAACCUCUCUUGUCUUAUCCAAGGAACUGACCUUGAUAAGUAUUUUAAAAUUAGUAUCGAUAAGAACAGUGACAUUUAUGAUCUUAAGGAAACUAUUUGGAAUAAAAAAAAGAACACCUUUUCCAGCAUUGAUGCUAACGACCUAAUUUUAUGGAAAGUAAAAGUCCCCAUCAGCGACAAGGAGAAAUUCAAACAACUUGAAUAUACCGAGUCAAUUAUCGAGGAUGUUUUAGGCGGUACAAAGCUAAAUGAUGCAACUGUUGGCGUUAAAGAGAUCUUUGGUAAUUCUCCCGCAAAAAAACAUAUUCAUAUUAUCAUUGGACAACCUACCACUGAGCAGUCUACAAAUACCACUCAAAAAAUGAAUCAAGAGAUUCCGAGUUUAACUCAACAGGCGAAAGCAAUGUCCUUGGAAGAAGAAUCGGACGAAUAUAAUGAUAGAAGCGUACCCUCAGAAAAUACGAGAACUUGGCAGUCUUCACGUAAUAACUCAUCACGAUCCAAUUUUAGACAAGGUACCAAUCCAUUCGGAACUUCGCCAUUUGGUCAAAAUAAACGGAAUAAUGGAAUGAAUAAUCAAUCUAGAAUUAACCUAACUGGCAAAACACCACUUACUUGCAAAAUUCUUUUAUUGGGUGGAACUGGGACUGGAAAGUCAACCAUCAUUAAUAUGAUGGCAAAUUAUUUUCUGAGUGGUACUUUAGAAAAUCCAAAAGUCGUUAUUCCAACCAAGUACUUUAAAGUUACUGAAAAUGAUUUUGUAAGAAAUAAUUCUGAAGCGAAAAUUGCAGAUGUAACCAGGAGCCAAACUACAAGCUGUUGUAACUACGAAUUUAAACAUCCAGGAAAUUCAUUCUAUGAUUUUAUCUUCAUUGAUACUCCAGGAAUGAGCGAUACAAAUGGAAUAGAUCAAGAUGACAAGAAUAUUGAAGAGAUUGUUAACGCGGCAAUUAAUGUUGGUUCAUUAACUGCUAUCGUCAUUAUUGCUAGUGGUACCGAAGCUAGAGUAACUCCAACGAUAAUGAAUACAAUAAUUCGCCUACGGAACAGUCUUCCUGAUGAAAUUGUCUAUAAUAAUCUCUUACUUAUUUUAACAAAGUGUACAAAAUCCAGCGCUUGUUUCUCUGAGGAUGCUUUUGCAAAUGAGAUUGCAAAACCAAAACAAAUUUUUUAUAUGGACAACCAAGUUUUUUGCACUGAUCCUCAAAUUUGGCUAAACGACGAAGAUGAAUAUUCUAUCGUUCAACAUCAAUGGAAUAAAUCUUUUAAAACAUUCGAUAACCUCUUAAAAAUGAUCACUGAAAUGAAUGCUACCUCAACUAAAGCCUUUACAGAAAUGAGAGACCUUCGUAAUAAAAUUAAAUCGGAAAUCGCUACAAUUUCUCAAACUACUACAAAUAUUCAACAAAUACAAGACAAACUUGAAGCUGCAUAUAUAGCUUUACAGAAAACUGGCGAUAAAAAGAAUUCAUUCUCUAACUAUACAACAACUGAAACAAUAACAAUUACAGUACCCGUUGAAACAAGCAUUAUAAAUACGGUCUGUACAACCCAUCAGAGAAGUGGCAUUAUUUGUCAUAAAGAUUGCGGUCUUGAGUUUACUGGUAACAGUGGAACAACUAAUUUUAAUGGCUGUUAUUGUAUGGGAAGCGAUAAUAAAUGUACGGAAUGUGGAUGUGACACUUACAGGUACUACUUAAAUUUAACUUCAUUUCCAUAUUUCAUCAACAUUGAUAUUAAUACUACUAUUUUAAUCUUUCAAAUAAGCCACUUCCAUACUAAUGUUGAGAUGAAGACCGAAACUAAGACAAUUAACAAAGUAAUUAACAAAGUUCUCGAAGAUGUAAAAGCGCAAUAUGAUAUGGCCGAUGCUGAUCAUAAAAGGAUUAGUAAUGAUGCUAACCAAUUUCAACAAGCAUUCGCUAAACUUCAAGCUAAAGCAGAUGAUAAUUACAAUAAAAUUCGCCAACUUUGUUCUGAUCUUAGUAAGAUUUGUUCUCGAUUCAAUUUUGUUGAUGAACUCAAUGCGAAUAUUAAGAAUAUGAAAUUGGAUGCAAAAACCUUAAAAAAUUUAGAUUUACGAGAUAAGGCUGAAUCUGAGAUUAGGAAGCUUGAAGCUUAUAUAGAUGGUUUAUCAAGACAAGGUUAA